AUGGCUUUAGAAAAACAACAUGAUCCCAAGUACUAUGUAUACAGCCCAACUACUUCACAAUGGAAGAAGCAUCAGCUCCAUAUGAGCAAUCUCUAUUCCUCCUUCUCAGGGUUCCCACCAAUGGGCUACUUGCCCCAAGGUUAUCAUUAUGCUUGCAACUACUACCCUGGGCUUGCAGUACCCCUUCAAACCUUCUCCUUUCAAUCAGGACUCCCACUGACCACUCCUAGGCACAUUAUACCUCUACAUUUAUCCACCCAGGACAUCUUGGAGAAACAAAGAUGUCCAUACCCUGAGAUAUGCCGAGCUGUUUACCCACCCACCUUGUCACAAGAUGCCACUAGACUACAUAAUCCUCUUUCUUUCCUUCAUACCAGAACCUUGUCAUUUGCAGAGUCCACCAGUGGACAUCUUUUGUGUGACUCUGUCAUUCAGCAAGAGAGGACAGCUUUCCCAUUUCUCCACCAGGAUGAGACUGACUGCCCCAGUGUGUCAAAGACCAGCCCACCAGCAUCCCAGGAAAGCAGUUCAUCCAUCUCAUACCCUCUGAACACAAAGAAUGGCAAAAUCAAAUAUGAGUGCAACAUCUGUGCCAAGAGCUUUGGGCAGCUCUCCAACUUGAAGGUCCAUCUGAGAAUACACAGCGGAGAGAGGCCUUUUCAGUGCGAGAUGUGUCAAAAACGCUUCACUCAGCGGGCUCACCUGCAGAAACACCUUCUGGUGCAUACGGGUGAAAAGCCCCACAAGUGCCUGGUCUGCGGCAAACACUUCAGCAGCUCCAGCAACCUCAAAACCCACCUGCGCCUUCAUUCCGGGGUGAAGCCCUCCACUUGUUGCCUGUGCCACAGCUGUUUCACCCGCCGUGCCCACCUCCAGCUACAUCGACCUUGGCACGAACGCCGGCCCCAGCACCCGCAAGGGAUACUGCCCACUUGCCCCAUUCACCAACUGCUCCCCUGCCUAGCUGUGUCACUUCAGAAAUGUGAUUGA